AUGGCAACACCAAAACAAGUCACAUCCCUCUCACAAGCCUAUAAUAGCACAACCCACCUCCAAUCACAACACAUAGUUCCGCUCGAUUUUAACUCCAUUCGCGACCUACCCGAGUCCCAUGUGUGGACUCUGCAGACAGCUGAUUCAUCUGAAUCUGCACAGUAUUCUGUUCCCGUCAUAGAUCUAACUGCCCCAGAUGUUGUGGGUCUCGUUGGAAAUGCAUGUCGAGAGUGGGGAGUGUUUCAGGUGAUCAACCACGGGGUGCCACUAGGCCUAUUUGAUGAAGUGGAGGCCCACAGCAAGCGCCUGUUCGGCCUUCCGGCCCAACAGAAGCACAAGGUGUUGCGUUUGCCCAACGAGAGUACGGGAUAUGGUGUGGCUCGAAUAUCGCCAUUUUUCUCCAAGCUGAUGUGGCAUGAGGGGUUCACCAUCAUGGGCGGCUCUGCGAUUGAACAUGCCAAACAACUUUGGCCCCUUGAAUAUCAAGAGUUUUGGUAA